UUUUCAGGACCCGAGGGCUGCAAUUUAUUCAUUUACCAUCUGCCACAGGAGUUCACCGAUACGGAUCUGGCCUCCACCUUUCUGCCCUUUGGCAAUGUGAUCUCGGCCAAGGUGUUUAUCGACAAACAGACGAGCCUGUCCAAAUGCUUUGGCUUCGUGUCCUUCGACAAUCCGGAAGCAGCCCAGGUGGCCAUCAAGGCGAUGAACGGCUUCCAGGUGGGCACCAAGCGCCUGAAGGUGCAGCUAAAGAAGCCCAAGGACUCGAAGCCAUACUAGCGGGCUGGACUUCCCAAGGAGGCCUCCGCUCCCACCAAGAUCGACGGGUCAUCCGGACUGGCGGAGACCGAUUAGAGAAUACUGAGAUUUGUCAAAUAUGGAGUAGUCAAUGAAUGAAUGAAGAGUUGCCGUGUAGAGCGCGCGCGUUGCAAGAGUAACCCCCGAUGCAAAUGCCAACGUUACCCCAUGUUGACGUAAACUGAAGGUUUACCAUUAAUUUUUCAUAUUUUGGAGGAGGCAAAGUCAAGUAGUAGUUGUUGAAGGCCACCAGCUGAAAGUUGUAUGCUUAGGUCCCGGAAACUUGUACAUAUAUCGUGCGCUUGAGUCUCAAGCAUCUGAAGAAUAAUAGAAAACACCUAUACAUUUGCUGUCGCAUAUAAAUUUUCAAGAACUGUAAAUUUUAACAACAAAACAAAUUCUCGGACGCUCUGUAAAAAUCUGUAUCCAAAAAUGUUGUACGAUAGCCAAGAAAAGCCAUUUUAUAAGCUUGUAAAGCACGCAAUUUUUAACAAAGUAAA